ACUUCCGGUCUCAAAGUUCCUUUGCGGUGUCUGCUCCGAGCCAGCCCCAGCUUGUCGGCGAUCGCAGCCCUUUUCACCAGUAACCGAGAGCGACCACCAAAAUGUUGUACACGUUAAUCGAAGCUGCGAAGAACAGUCCGUUCAAGGGCCCCAUGACCGUGGCCAAAUGCGACUCGCCGGCCCCAGCAGCCGCCGGUGACGAAGGCUACAGCUGCGAGUUCGGCUCAAGUAAAUACUACGCCCUGUGCGGCCUUGGAGGCGUCCUCUCGUGCGGCAUCACCCACACAGCUAUGGUGCCCCUCGAUCUGGUCAAGUGCCGAAUCCAGGUCAACCCCGACAAGUACAAAUCGGUCUUUAAUGGAUUCAGAGUCACAAUCAAAGAGGAUGGCAUGCGAGGACUGGGCAAGGGCUGGGCUCCGACCUUCUUUGGCUACUCGGCGCAGGGUCUCUGCAAAUUCGGCUUCUACGAAGUCUUCAAGAACAUUUACGCCGACAUUCUUGGCGAGGAGAACACCUACCUGUGGAGGACGUCCCUCUAUCUGGCUGCCUCUGCGUCAGCAGAGUUCUUCGCAGACAUCGCCCUCAGCCCCAUGGAGGCUGUCAAGGUGAGAAUCCAAACGCAGCCAGGAUUUGUGAGCACAAUGCGCGAGGCCAUUCCCCUUAUGUACAAGGACGAAGGCAUCGGCGCGUUUUACAAGAGUUUGGUGCCAUUGUGGAUGAGGCAGAUUCCAUACACCAUGAUGAAGUUUGCCUGUUUCGAGAGAACUGUUGAACUUUUGUACAAGAAUGUCGUGCCCAAGCCCCGCGCCGAGUGCACCAAGGGAGAGCAGCUCGUUGUCACCUUUGCUGCCGGUUACAUUGCCGGUGUCUUCUGCGCCAUUGUUUCUCACCCCGCUGACACUGUUGUGUCCAAGCUGAACCAGGAGAAGGGUUCGACGGCCCUGGGGGCUGCAAAGAAACUUGGCAUGGCCGGACUGUGGAAGGGAUUGACCCCUCGUAUCAUCAUGAUCGGUACCCUGACCGCCCUACAAUGGUUCAUCUACGACGCCGUCAAGGUCACCUUUCGCCUGCCUCGCCCUCCCCCACCAGAGAUGCCCGAGAGCCUGAAGCAGAAACUGGCCGAGGCCCAGAACUAGAUUGUUUAGUUGACUGCUGGAAAGCACCCCAUUUUCUUCUCACCUCCUAAUUGGCCAAUAAUUUUCAUUUCUUGCCCAAGUUGUCUCAUUCAUCUCCUCAGGUCACAUGCUUGCCCACAAAUUUCUCUUCUUUUCGUGUUUCCAAGCAGUCGGAUAGUAAAGUGUAAAAUAAUGUUACGUAGCUGCGAGUCUUAGCGAAAAUUUACUUCUAAACAUUCUGUACUCUUGCAUUUGUUGGCAAUAACUUAUUCUGUGCAUUCCGUUAAAUUUGCUUUUAUCUAUGAUUCUUCUUUUUUUGAGACUUGAAAUAACUCGUAUUUGUUGUCCAAAAGCAGUUACUCGUUGAAUAAAAGUACCAGAAGACCAGAAA